UUUAAAUGUUGGUACAUUUCAACUUCGUAUUGCAUCAACAAUUCAACCUGGUUAUUUACAACAUUCAACUAUACAAAAUUUUCGUCAAUCCAAUCAAACGAACACCACCACUAAUGGAAUAAUUAAUCUACCAUUUUUCACUAUGAAUCAUUCAAACUCUACUAAUAAUAAUAAUCAUCCUAUAGAUUUUAAUUGGAUUGAUAAUGGUAAAUAUUUAUUCAAAAUUGAUAUGAAACCUUUCUCAUCAAUCUAUACACAUGAUGCAAUAUUGUCGAAAUUUUUUCAUGUUUGCAAUAAUCUCCUACCACGUAUGUUAUUCUUAUCGUCUGUGAAAACAAACAGUGCGGAUAAAUUGAAGCAAAAUCGUGUAACAUUUCGUGAUGAUGCUGUUGUCAUACAAUCGAAUCAUGCUGAUCUCUCACCGGCAUCGGCGCUGCCGCCAUCAUCAACCACAGCAACAAGCACAAAACGUGUCAGUUUCACAAAUGGCACCAAUAGUAUUCUCCAUAACAACAACCAUACAACUACAACAACUCCUACGGCUACUACUACAACCACAACUACAAACACAUCUAUGCAUCAUUUACAUUUGUGUAAUGCAAUGAAAACCCUCCUAUUAAUCAGUCCAACUGGUUUAGUACAAUUUCUACCAGUUAUUUUAAAUCAAUUCAUGGAAAUUAUUAUAUUGAGUGCUGAGACAAGUGCAAGAUGCUUUCAACAACAACAACAAACAACUCAAUCCUCAUCCGGUUCGAUCGGUAAUAAUGACGAGCAUCGUACGAUUGGUGUGAAUCAUGUGGAAUAUGCAUGGUUUAAAAGCUUAAUCAAUAAUAGUAACAAUAAUAAUAAUAAUGUGAUUGGUAGGAAUGCAACAGCAAACUCAGCUACUACCACUAUCACGAAUAAUAGUAGUAGUAAUAGUAAUAAUAAUACACCGGAUGAUGUAUUGAGAACAGCGAUUGCGUAA